UUUUUCAUUCAAAUAAUAAUAAUUUCCUCUCAAAUUAUGGAUCAUUAUUAUCAAAUCCUAUUUAUGAUUAUAAUAAGAGAAAACAUUGUGAUUUUCAUUCUCGACCUUUAUCAUCAACAUUCACACCGAUAAAAUCUAUUCGAUUUAAAACAACAAUGAGAAAUGUGGCCGUAGAAGAUGUUCAUUCAUCAAUGAACAUGGAUGUAUCGAUGCCAAUGAUCAAAACAAUCGAUAUGGUCAAUUCAUCUCCAAUGAUCAAACGUCCUGCCUAUUAUAGACAAGAGAUGCUUAAUGAAUAUCCAUUCUUAUUGCUGGCUUCAACCAUAUUACCGUCAUCAUUAAAAAUGAUUCAAUUAAUGUUCAAACUGAAUCACAAUCAUUUUUCCACGAUAUAGCCGCAAAAUGUUCGGAUGAAAAUUUCAUGUCACAAAUGAAUCUAUUAUUAAAUGAUAAUUGUUCUCGUCAACAAUUAUUAACCAAACUACGUCUACUUUGUAAUUAUAAUCCAAAUUUUUUAAGAUUUCUCAUCUAUGAUAAUCGUGACAGUCUCUCUUUAUUCUGUAAUAAUUUUGAACAUCAAAAAGAUUUACGAAUUCUUGAAAAUUUCUUUUGGGCAUAUUAUCAAGUCUAUAAUCAUAAUCUCAAUGGAUUAAUUGCUAUGAUGAUGAUGAACGUGAUACAUCAUUCGAAAAAUUGUUUUAAUCAUUGGUUUCCAUCGGCAAGCGUUUCACUGGCAUGGGAUUCAUUAUUCGAGGAUAAAUUAUUAUUCGAUAUGGCCAUAUGUUUUGAUCUGAUUGGUUGCGCUAUUGAAUUACAUGAUUGGAUCGUUAUAAAUGAAAGAUCCAAAAUUAAUGAAUAUCAUCAUUUGAAGCAGAAAUUCACCAAUAUUCUAGUGUUGACUGGCGAUUAUUGUUUUGUUAGAAUGUUGGCCAUUUCAGUUUUGUUCUACGAUGUUAAUCUAUUGAAUUGUUUAGUGAAUGGGCAGCUUUGGCAUGUUGCAGGUGAAUUUAGUUCAUUCGAUGUAAAAUAUUCUUCCGGCAAUUAUUCAAAUGACAAUUACAGUGUGAUAUCAAAUGAUGUUGACAAGAUCAUUGAGCAAUUUGAACAUAGAAUUUUAACAGCCGAUUCGGAAAGGCCUUCAUCAUCCUUAUGGGAUGGAUCAUCAUGGUCAAUGCUUGGUGUGAAUCGUUUACUCAGCUAUUGUUAUAUGACCAGUGGAUAUCAACUUAGCCAUUUUAUAGCCAAAAUGUUCCACAAAUAUGGACUUAAUGAUGAUGCUCAAAAAUUCGCCAUGGAAUUUGGUCAUAAUCUAGGCAUUGCUAUCAAGCUAUUCAAUUUAUCGGACAAUUCAUUGAAAUCAUUGGAUGUAAAAAUGAUAAAUGAUGUAAAUAAAUUCGAUGAUGUGCCGAUCGAUAUCAAGAGACAAUUAUUCGAACAUUAUAUUGAUAAAACGAAAAAUUUACUUGACGAACAUAUUAUUCAAAGACGACGACAGCAACAACAACAACAACAAGAAUCAACCCAGCUCAGUGAUCGUUCGAUGAUAUUUAUUGAUUUAUUCAAACAAUAUCUUGAUCAAUUAAAGAUAUCAUCGAAUAAAUGAAACUCAUCAUCAUUGCAAUUGUAAA